UAUAUGAAACGUCAAAAUCCAGCUGACCGAGACUGAUUUACUAAUUUGCGUUCAAUUUUGAAUAUUUAUUAUAAAUUUAUUUGAUCUGAUCUAUAAUCAAGAACUUAUGACGAUGAACCUCCAACGAGCUCUUCAGCGUGUAUGCAGUCAAGUGUUUAGUCACAAUUUAAAUACAACAUUACCCAGUGCCUACACAAUACGCUUUACCCACAAUAAAAAAGAUGUGAACGAACACCGCGCGAAAGUAAUGGCCCGUGGGCUGCCAGAGAAGAAACCACUGCCUGGAGUGAAGAGUAUAAUCCUUGUUGCCUCUGGUAAAGGUGGUGUUGGGAAAACUACCACAGCUGUGAAUCUCGCAUGUGCAAUGAAGGUGAUAGAGCCAGAUAAGGAGAUUGGGCUGCUAGACGCUGAUGUGUUCGGUCCAUCCGUACCCCUCAUGAUGAACAUCAGUGGAGAGCCCAUGCUGAAUGAUGAACAUCUCAUAGAACCACUGCUUAAUUAUGGAGUUAAAUGCAUGUCAAUGGGUUUGCUUGUAUCUGGUGAGAAUGCAGUGGUGUGGCGCGGGUUGAUGGUGAUGCAGGCGCUGGAGCGGCUCACGCGGCACGUGGCGUGGGGCCCGCUCGACUGCCUCGUGGUGGACACGCCCCCCGGCACCGGCGACACGCAUCUGUCACUCGCACAGAACUUGCCGUUGGAUGGCGCCAUCGUUGUCACAACUCCUCAGUCAGCAGCAUUACAAGUCACGCGGCGUGGCGUCAACAUGUUCGAAAAACUCAAAGUCCCUAUCAUAGGCAUGGUAGAGAACAUGUCGCAUGCGAUAUGCUCCAAAUGCGGCACCAAGAACUUCGUGUUUGGCAACGAAACGAAAAACACCGCCAAGGAUAUGGGUCUCGAAAUUAUUGAAAGCUUUGAAGUCGACCACAAUAUGUCAGAAUGUAUAAACAGCGGAAAACCAGCGAUAUACGCACUUCCGGAUAGCAUACACGCAGAGAAAUAUCGACAGCUUGCGAACAAAGUGUUCAAAUACAUAGACAAUAAGGAAAAUCAGGCAGCUAAAGCGAAAGAACAGUAGGAGGCAUAAAAUUAUGUACAAAGUAGGUUGUUGAAUUUUAGUUUAUUUUAAUUAUAUCGUACAAAAUAAAGUCGUUAUAUAAAAAUGUCUAUUACCUUACACGAUAACACAAAGAUUAUGGCAGACACCUCGCGCCUUGUAAAUAAAACAUUUCAUUAUUAUAUAAAAUUUAUUUAGAACAAUUUCUUUUAAUCGGUUUCUAUGGCCAAAGUCCGAAUUGCAACUUAAAAAAAUAAAUAAAAAACAAUAAUACAAAAA